GUCUGUCACCUUCGGUGAGAAGCUGGAGCGCUGUCUCGUACCCGCUGCUGGUAGCAGGAGGGGGAACCGGCGUUGUAGCGGAGUGUGCUGAACCCCACACGGAUGUUUCUGGUUGUUCACAUCCCCCAGACAUGCAGGAAGGCACUGGUGCGGUGCCGCCUGCCGUGCGAAGCCCUAGAAUCAAGGCCAUCGAAAGCCCCAACAAAGACGAUGACACGCAGUGGUUGACGUACUGGGUUGUGUAUGGUGUUUUCAGCAUAGCGGAAUUCUUCUCCGAUAUCUUUCUGUCCUGGUUCCCUUUCUACUAUAUGAUAAAGUGUGGCUUCCUGCUCUGGUGCAUGGCUCCCAGCCCUUCUAACGGGGCAGAGUUCCUCUACCAUCGAAUUAUCCGGCCUUUCUUCCUGAAGCACGAAGCUCAGCUCGACAGUGUUGUCAAAGACCUGAAGGACAAGGCUGCAGAGACUGCGGAUACCAUCACUAAAGAAGCCAAGAAAGCAACAGUCAACUUACUGGGUGAAGAAAAGAAAAGCACUUAAAACUAUUAACUGGAUAAAGUUUCCGUACCACCUCCUUUAUGAAGCUUGAUGUUACUGGGAACUGUGGUGUAAGUUUAAUAAUAUUGCCUUGGAAACAUUUUGAUAUAUUAUAGGAAUGUGUUAUAAAUUUGCUUACUACUUUGCUGUGUCUGUAUAGAAAAGUAAGCAUUUUUAUUUAAAAGCAAUGCAGUGGGCAGCACCUGAAGCUUAAUGAAAGUACUCAUCUUCAUCAGUAAUCUCUUCCUGCAGUAACGUAAAUAAAAAGCAUAUAUCCCACAGGCUUUGCA